CACAAGAACAAUAACAACAACAAUGUCUGCGCCCAUUGCCGGAGAUGCGUUCGUCUAAUUUUAUGAAUAAAUUAGACAGAUUUAUUUGAUUAAAGUGAUUAAGAUACUAUGGAAGAAUACAGGGAUGAAUUAAAAGCUGUGAAAGAGGAGCUACAGACAGUUGAAGAACAGAUAGAAGACCUUCUUCAGCGCCAGAAUGACCUAACAGUAAGAAAGGAUGAACUAGAAGCCAUAUUAAAGCAAAAUGAAUCAAGAUCUGAUGUGCAGGACCAGAGCUGGGAAAAAGCAGAUUUUCAGUGGUCAGAGAGACUACAGACCAAAUUGAAGUCUGUAUUUGGUAUUGACGCCCUGCGACCAAUGCAGUUACAGACAAUGAACGUGACAAUGUCGGGGAAAGAUUGUAUACUUAUAAUGCCUACAGGAGGUGGGAAAAGUCUGUGUUUCCAGCUUCCUGCAUUGCUAUCUAAAGGUAUAACAUUGGUUGUCUCCCCUUUAGUAUCUUUAAUGGAAGACCAGGUGAUGGCAUUACAGACCUAUAACAUAGAUGCUACACUAUUGAAUGCCAGCUCUGACAAGGACACUGUUAAACGUGUACAGGAAGCCAUGAUUGAUCACAAUGCAACACUCAAACUACUGUACGUAACUCCUGAGAAACUAUCUAAGAGUAAGAGAUUUAUGGCUCGCUUAGAGAAAAUGUACAAAGUAGGAAGAUUUGCAAGGCUUGUGAUUGAUGAAGUACAUUGUUGCUCACAGUGGGGACAUGACUUCAGACCUGAUUACAAAUUUCUGGGUAUCAUGAAGCGACAGUUUCCAGAUGUCCCUAUACUGGGCCUCACAGCCACUGCCACAACUUCAGUACUGGAGGAUGUUAAAAAGAUUCUUAAUAUUCAAAAUUGCCUUCUGUUCAGGGCCUCAUUUAACAGGCCUAACCUGUUCUAUGAGGUUCGUGAGAAGCCCUCGGUACAUAAGGAAUUGAUGGAGGAUAUACAGAGAUUGAUCAAUACAAAGUUCAAUAAUCAGUCAGGAAUCAUUUACACGUUCUCGAGGAAAGAAUCUGAGGAUGUUACCGUAGAUCUGCAGUCACGAGGGAUCAAGGCAGGGUGUUACCAUGCUGACCUUAGUCCUCGAGAAAGAAGUCGCGUACAUAAAGCCUGGAUAGAGAACAAAAUACAUGUUGUAGUAGCAACAGUAGCAUUUGGUAUGGGAAUAGACAAACCAGAUGUCAGAUUUGUAAUACAUCAUUCCCUGAGUAAAUCCAUGGAAAAUCUCUAUCAGGAGAGUGGCCGUGCAGGUCGUGAUGACAAGAAAUCUCACUGUAUUAUAUACUACCGGUUGCAGGACGUGUUACGUCAGAGCGCCAUGGUGAUGGCCGAACAAACCGGACUCAAUAACCUCUAUGGUAUCAUGACAUACUGCACUGAUGUUAGCAAAUGUAGAAGAAGUGUAAUAGCCAGAUACUUCGGUGAGGUUUGGGAACCUAGUCAGUGUAACAAGAUGUGUGACCAUUGUAAUUCUAACUACCAAGUUGAAAAGAAAGAUUUAACAGCAUAUUGUGUAAAUGUACUGAAGAUACUGGAUAAUGCUGCACCAUUGGAGAAUAAACUGACUGCUACAAAACUCCUUGAUGCCUGGCAGGGGAAAGGUCCAUCAGUUAACAGAGUUAAGGGAACAGAUACGGGGACAGAACGUGAGAAGUUGGAGCGUAUUCUUGCCUACAUGUUGAUGAAACAAUACAUCAGAGAAGAUUUUCACUUCACGCCAUACUCCACAAUUAGCUAUAUGGUACCAGGUCCAAAGGCUGGUCUGAUCAGAAAUGGAACACAGAAAGUCUUUUUAGAUAUGAAAGGAAAUAGAAAUUCUGAGGGUCCUCCUUCCUCUGUUUCAAAUGUCAAAGGACAAGAAUCUAGUCAGUCAUCUAGUGUCAAAGUCAAGGAUGCAAAAGUUUCACAGGAGAAACCAAAACUAGUGGUUAUUAACAGAGAAAAUUCUGUGUUCACUAAACACAAACAUGCAGCUCCUGAAAGUGAAGGUGAAAAUGGUAGCGAUAAAGUUAAAGAAAAAACAAAGUUAGGAAAAGCAAAGAGUGUAAAGGAAGUAAAAAAGAGGAGAAUUGUUAUCAGUAGCGAUAGUGAUUCUGAUGACCUUGACUUUGGUGGCGGAGAUGGUAAACUGACUACGAAGAAAUUUAAAUCAUGUGCAAAGGAAUCUUCGAAGGGAGGUGACUCUGAGCAUUAUUAAACUCAUGUUAGUCAUGGAGAGAUGAGUUCAGCAGUAAAAAAUGGUGGUUCCAUAGCAACAGAGUUGUCUGCCUUGACAAGUAGAGCAGUUUUGAUUGACUCUGACAGUGAUGAUGACUUUGUCAUGUAGUCAGUGAUAAUAGGAAGGUUGUAGUUUCAAAUUUUCAGGAGUUCUUUAACCCUUAGCCUGCGAAAUUUCUAUAAUGGACUGGUCCAUCAUUCAGUUUGGGCAGUACCACUUAUUAUUCGAAGAGGUGUUAGCUGAAAAUUUACUGUCUGAACAGCGAACAGUGCAGACCAUGAUCAGACUGCACGGAUGUGCAGGCUGAUCUUGGUCUGCACUGGUCGCAAAGGUAGAAAUAUUCACCACCAGCAGGCUAAGCGUUAAUCGUAUGGUUUCGUUAUUUAUAUCAGUAAGCAGCUAAUGUUUCAAAAUUCAGUUACUCUAAAAUGAAAAAUUUUGUGAGAGACUAAUUAUUGUGGAUUUUGUGGUAGUGUUUGACCAUGAAAUAAAAGCCCAUCAAACAAAUUCUUAUAUGAGAAUAUGUUAUAUUUUAAUCUUCUUACGUCAACGAAUUUAAGCCCCCUAAAAAUAGCUGGUUUGGCCAAAACCACAAAUCUCUUGCCUUUGAAAGUAACUGAUUUUACUGUAUUCAGUAAAUGUAGACAAAUACGUUCAGUUGUGCUCGUAAAUCUAAAGUUAGAAGUUUUGAACAUGUAGAUUUUCCUGUAUGGAGCGACUCUGUUAAAUUUGUCAAACAAUUUUUAGUAGACACCUAUUAUUCAUCAUAAGGAUUUACUUUACUUAGUGUACACGUAUUGAAAUACACAACCUUUCUGUCACUGUGAAAAACCUUUAUGUUAUUGUUGUAUAAUUAAGGAGAUAAAUAAAGCAUUAACAGCA